CCCCUAGCAACGCGCCGGCUCCAUGGAGACGACGAGUCCGUCCGCGUGAAGGAAUGCGAGGCUUCUCGGGUCAGCACGCGCGCAGGGGGUCUCAUUGAACGUGACACUGGUGACUUUUAUGGGCUGAUUCCGCGUCGUGUCUUCGAGGAGAGAAUGGGCUGCGGCGGCUCCACGGACAACGCGGUCAAAGCGCUGACACGCGAGGAGGCGACCGGAGACGAGGAUGGCGGCGGAAGUAAACUUCGCAGCUGUGGGGACUCGGCCGUGUCCAAAGGCACCACCGACAGCGGGGUGGUGAUGGAGACGGAGCUCCCCGCGCUCCCCGGAGCGGUGCCCGGCAGGCUCCCCCCUCUGACGUCGGACUGGAUGACCGAAACCUCCCCGCGACGCCCGCAGCAGGACCGCGCAGCACCGGAGCGUCCCAAGUCCAGUGAGAUCCUGGAGGAGCUUCUGAAUCAGGGCAUCAUCCCAAUAGGACAGAGCAGAGGGGGGAGCGGAGGGGCUGGAGAGGCCUACAGCAUAAUGCUAAAUGACACAGAGGUGAGGAGGCGGCCUCCUGCCAGACUGGAGUCCCUGAAAGCCAAGAAGGAGCACGCCGUCACCAGCAUUGAAGACAUAGAGGAGAAGAUACGACUGGCUGAAGAGAGGCGCAAGCAACGGGAGGAUCAGCUCAAGCUGCGGCUGCGGGCCAAGUCGGCGCACGUGCGCGUCCGCGGCCCCGUCGCCGCGACGGAGGGAGACGGUGACGCGUGCGUCAGCCUCGUGGAGCCGCCGGAAGCAGCGCUCGGCCCUGACCCGCUGCGGGACAACCACGGGGCGGGGGGAGACGGCAGCGAGGAGGGGGAGGAGGAAGACGCCGCGGGCACUCGGGUGGAGGAGUUCCUCGUGGUCCAGGCGGAAGUGGAGAGCGACUCCAGCUUUCAGCACGCAGACAAACCUGGCCUGUUCUAGUUAAUGAUAACAUUAAAGAGCCAUGAGUGACUGCGCUGCAAAGAGGAGGAGGGAGAGAGCCAAAGUAAUUCCUUCUGCACAGAGGAGGGACCCCUUGUUAAUGUUAAUAUAUACAUUUGUGACUGUCUUACAGUUAAGGACGAGGCUAUAGACAUUCGACUGCAGGGAGUUCUGCCCAUUGUAACUCAGUAACAGGCACUGAAAUGUAAUUUUCCUCCCAGUGCAGAUAUGAUUUACCUCAGUUUUUGCUUUAAUAGGUUAAACCAAGAUUAAAUGUUUUUGCCAAUGCACCAAAUUGAUUUUUGUUUUCCCCUUUCUCUAUGAAUAAUGUGAAUGUUAGGGGCGUUCAUGGGGCAGUUGUCCUGUUAUACUUAAGAUGGCGCUGUUACAAUGUAUCUGGAUACAAGCUAUAUGGAAAAUUGCAAUAUGCCAGCAAGUGCCUUGUUCAGACAUGUGUAAGCUGGAGAGCGUCUAAAUAAAGUUGCUUAUGUAUAA